AUGACAGGGAAACAGCACAGCAGGACUCGGAGGAACACCCCGAGGGUGAGCGUGCCUCGGAAAGGGCCAGAGUGGGGGAAAGCGGAGGGUUUGCUCACGCGCCCCUCACUGGAGCGCCUGGUGCAGCAGCCGUCUCCCAGAAUCCGGGUUCUCUCCCUCCCAGAACCGCACCCAUCUGGAGAGAAAGAGGACAUCCGGCCUCCAGAGAACAACCCCACUGAAGACGGCCCUCAGGCUGGCCACGCACUCUGGGCCAUCCACCUGCGUGCAGAGGGCGCCAUUGCUCACUGCAAAGGCCGUCGACUCGACCUGGAGCGCCUUUCCCAGCCUGUGACUCCUCUGGGGUCAGGGAGCUGCCAGUCCUCAUCCAGAGCUGUGGUCAUUCGUUUGACACAGACGCUGUCAGAGGCCAUCGGCCCUGGGGGGGAGCAGAGGGGAGAGAUGCAGAGCGGCCGGCUCGGGGUCAGGACUCUGGGGCCCUUGAGGAGCUUGUUGCGGGAGCUCAGUUCCUUCACGGAGGAUGGGGUGAUCCGAGCCAGUGGCUGCUGA